UGUACCAGUACUUGCCACCUGUAGUCAACAAGAAUUGGAAAACCCUACAGCAAGUGAUGAAUCUACUGACCCAUGUGCUGACAAACAUCAUAAUUUAUUAUCCAAGUUGCUCUGUGAUGAGUUGAAUGUCACUAAAGAACAGAUUGUUGACUUUGAACUUUGUCUAGCCGACCACCAACCUGCUUCUAUUGGUGGCGUACUAAAUGAAUUCCUGUUUGCACCAAGACUAGACAAUCUCGUGAAUGCAUACACUGCAAUGGAGAGUUUGAUUGCAUCAUGUGAAGGGGACAGUUUAGAAAAAGAAGGAAACAUCCGCAUGAUUACUCUCUACGAUAAUGAAGAGGUUGGAUCUCAAACAGCCCAAGGUGCUGAGUCUUCAUUAACAGAGUUUAUAAUGAGACGCUUAUGUGCUGGAGGUAGUUCUACAAGUUUUGAGGAAGCAAUUCCCAAAUCUUAUCUUGUCAGUGCUGACCAAGCACAUGCUAUACACCCUAACUAUGCAGAGAAGCAUGAAGAUGGUCACAAAGUAGCACUACACAAAGGUGCUGUUCUGAAGUUCAAUGGCAACCAGCGUUAUGCCACCAGUGCUGUGACAGCAGCUAUAUUGAGAACAAUUGCAGAGAAAGAAAACAUCCCUCUACAGGAUUUUGUUGUACGUAAUGACAGUCCUUGUGGUUCAACUAUCGGUCCUAUUAUAGCGUCUAAGCUUGGUCUGAGAACCAUUGAUAUUGGGUUCCCACAGUUAGGUAUGCAUUCUAUACGUGAGAUGGCAUGUACAACAGGAAUCUAUCAAGCUAUUCAACUUUACAAGGCAUUUUUUGAACAUUAUCCAACAGUCAAUGCAUCUCUUGUUAUUGAGUAAAAGUACAUAAUCAGACCUUGGCAAUACUGAAGAUAUUCAUAAUCUUAUGUAUCCAUUCCUCUAUACACUUUGAGCACUCAAUUUUUGGUGUCAUAAAUUCGAAAAAAGCAACUUUUUCACAGAAUUGUAAUUUUAACAUAUUCAACACCAGAUUUUCUCUCCCAAAUAUUUCUGUACUUUUUUUUAAUAUUCUUAAAUAUUUCUGAAAAUGAAUCCUAAUUUUGUAGCCAUGAGCAGACAUAAAUGGGAUCAUUUUGUGAAUUUAUGAUGAAAAGAGAUUAUUUCCAAUCGUAAGACUGAAAACUGAAAAUGUCACAUGGCUGCUCACUAGUAUAUACUGAUAAUAAAGAAUGAUAAUCUAA